AUGUGUAAAGGUAUUUUAAAACAUUUAUUUCUGCUUCCGAACGAAAAGAAGGAUGUAGAAGUGGAGGAAGAGAUUGGCACUACCACCGCUAUCCAUUCACCAGCUGUAAAGCAUCUCGGAAGUCAUUUCGACGGUGCCGACACUGCUCAAGAGGCGACUGCUCCACCCGUGGAACGAAUGAAGAACGACCUUGCGGCGGAACUGGUGCUUUCUCCGGAUUCUGGCGACGACGAGGAGGAUGAUGACGACGAGGGAGUGAGGGGUAAUUUGUCAACUGAGGAAAUGGGAGAUUUCUAUCCUCUCCGCAAUGCCUCGGGUAGGUGUUGGUCUGACCAAAGUGUUCUUCUUCCAAUAGCAUAUUGUGACUCAUUUCGGACACGCAUCGCUUCGUUCUUCGCGUACGGUGCUGCGUUGUAUGUGGUGCACUGGAGACGCGAUUGCUCACGCAAGAUUGCACCUGGAAUAGAUUAUAUCUGCUGGAACCGUGCAGCUCGAGGAUACUCUGGAAAAGUUGUUGAGGUGCAUCUGGAACUGGGCAACAAGUUGGAAGGAAGCUACCCUCUCACUAGACAAGUGACAACUUCAUGCCACAGAACUGAUCCGCGGGAAGAACCCAUGCUGCACUUGGGGAUGGAAGGAUGGGGGGAGGGCAGGGAGUGUGACACCCUUCACUUUAAUUCUCAGCAUUCCCUUGAUGAUGUUUUACCACGUGGUUAUUAUCACCUUCUCUGGUAUCAAUCGGAUAACUACUCAGGGACGAAUCGAACGUUUACUGGAAAAUUAGCUCUUUCUGCAACAUGCAUUUGGCAGGCGAUUCUUUUAGACACAGGCCUUCCUCAGAAGCAUACUGCAACACGCUGCCGCGAAUGUAGUACCCGAGUCACACCUGAAGACAUUGUAAGGCAGAUAAUCUAA